UCGAGAGGGAGACUUUAAAAGAAACAAAAACAAGGAAGUCUCAGAAAAAUCCAAGAUGUUUAAACACAAAUAUGACUAUAGAGGAAUAAGGAAUAGAUUUCAUGAUUUUAAUUGCGAAUACAACAGUGGAAAAAUCAAGAAUAUAAAAACUAAAGAUGAUAAAAAGUUGAAAAAAGAACUACAUCAAUUAAAUGACAAAUAUGAGAAGGGUGAAAUAAAAAAUAUAGUUACUGAAGAAAAUGAAAAAAUAAAAGGAGAAUUGAAAUUAUUUAAUAAAUAUAAGAAAAUAGAGAAGGAAAUAAAAGUAUUGGAAACUGAACUUGAAAGUUUAGAGGAGUCAAUAAAAUUGAAAGAAAAAAUAAACGAAAGAGAUGAAAUGACGAAAAAAAUAGAAGAAAUUAAAGAAAAGAACGAUAAAGAAUUGGAUGAAAAAUUAAACAUGAUAGGAAAUGAACAAAAGAAGAUAUGGGAAGAAAAACUUGAAAAGAUAAAAAAUGAGAAUGAGGAAAUUUUGAAAGAAAACAAGGAAAUUAAGCGCAAGGAAAUGUUGGAGAAAUAUGAUGAUUUUAUUGUAGAAUUAAAAGAAAUGUGGUUUGGAGUUGUUUUUUAUCAUGUUUAUGAUAAAGUAUACAAAAACGAAAACAAAAAGAAGAUAUCAAUUAAAAUAACUAAAGAAUCGGAAAAAGGAAAAGCAAGUACUGGUAGUAAUAUUAAAACUUUUCAAGAUGAAAAAGACGAAUAUAUUCUUUAUUUUAAUGAAAUUACUUUAAUUAAAAAAACAUUUUUGCCAGAAAUUUAUGGAAAAGAAUAUGCAUUAGAAUUGGUUAAAGGAAAAAAACAUUCUGCAAUUUUUGUACAAAUAAACGGAAAAAUUACUAAAGAAGGCAAGUUUUUUGAAAAUCAAUAUUGA